AUGAAUUUCGGUAAUUCAACCAUUGUUGACUGUGCUCUCAAUCAUGACGAUACAAAUCUUGACACUAGCAUUCAGUUAAACGACAACAGUAAUCUAAUACAAGUGACUCUUGAUUGUCAAAUAUAUGAUCAAAAAACAUGUAAUAAAGUUGAAAAUACAUUUAAAUUGGCGGGAGAAAUCAUUAAUUACGCUCUUGUGCUUAAUACGCCCAUCAUCGUUGAUGCCGUAUUUUUCCCAAUGGGGAGUUCAAACGUAUUAGGAGGAGCAAUUGCGUCCAGAUUAUUUUCAAUAACAGAUGAAGAUAAUACGGAAAGAUUAUAUCCUCAAGCAUUAGUUAAACAAUUGAGAUUACCAAUUUCGGUGCAAUACGCUAGUUCAGAUAUAAAAGCGAGAUUUAAUUCAUUAAAAGAUUGGUAUUUUCCUGACGAUGAAGGACCAAUACGUCCAGAUCAAAAUGAUAUCUUAAAUACAGUUUUACAUGAACUUAUUCAUGGUUUGGGAUUUUUUUCAAGUUGGAAGAAUUAUAUUGACGCGGAAUUACAAAUUCCAACGAGCGGUUUGACACCUCUCAUAAGUUAUAAUUCUAACAUUACGACUGACUUACCAAUUGGACCAUUUGAAUUCAUGGGAUUUUAUGAAACCAUAUUUGAUAAAUUUAUUAUAAUUAACAAUGAUGGUAAACAAGAUAAAUUAUCCACGUUAGCCAAUGAGUUAAAUCAAUUCUCUGGUAGAAACAAACAAUUUAAUUUAUCAAGCUUUAAUAAUGAAUUCCAGAAUUCUCCACAAUUUGAAGCGGCAAAGAAGGUGUUGUCGUUAAGCACGGUAAAAAAUUCGUUAAUAUUUAUGGCAAAGGGAACCAAGAAAACUAAAGAUGGAUUUGUAUUAGAGACGAGUUUAGAAACUUACGCAGCAGGCUCUAGUAUUGUUCAUGUUGACUUUAAUAAGUAUUCUCAUGAUUCAGAUUUCUUGAUGAUAUAUAAUAGUGUUGCUGGUGUAACAAUGAACGAAUUAAUCAUAAAAUCUGGGAAUCGUACUGGAAGCGCUAUCGGACCGAAAUUGCUUGGGGCACUUAGUUCAAUCGGUUAUACUUUAGCCGACAAUCCAAUAAAGUCAUCAACUAUCACGAUUUCAGUUUCAAAUACCUUUUCAUUAAUAGUAUCUUGUCAAUUAUUUUUAUAUAUAAUAAUUAAUCAUUGA